UAAACACGCAUUAAUUAUUUAAUUAAUCAGAGCAUUAUAUGGAAGAGAAUCCAUAGAUAAACAUACAGACAAAUUAUUUCCUUUUCAUCUUAUUCUAGAAAAAUCCAAUUAAAGCUACUUAUUAUAGUCGUAUAGCCUAUAGUUUAUAUAAAACCAAAAUUGUUUUUAACUUAUAAAAUAUCUUUAAAAUAAAAUAAAAAGAGAAAAAAAAAGCCAUUUUCAUUUUUUCAUCAUCUUCGUCUUCUCCAUUAUCUCUCUACCCAAAUCUGGCAGAGAAAAACAAAAGAAGAAGAAGAAGAAAAACUUUCGAUAUGGAUAAGAGCUGUAACUCCUCCGGCGAUUCCUCCGCCGUAUCCGCCUCUGCAACGAGUAGUACCGGUAACAAUACAACGAACAGAGAUCAUUACCUGAGACAACUCAAUAAGCUGUCUCAUAAGAUAUCAAAACCGACGAACUCUUCCUCCUCCGUCUCCGUCGCGAAUCGUGAAAUUGAUCUUCCACCUCCUCCACCGCUGCAAAUCAAUCAAGGGAAUCUCCAUCAACAUCAACCUCCUGUUUACAAUAUCAACAAGAACGAUUUCAGAGAUGUUGUUCAGAAACUAACCGGUUCACCUGCACAUGAACGGAUCUCUGCUCCGCCGCAACAACCGAUUCAUCACCCUAAACCUCAACAGAGUUCGCGUCUACAUAGGAUCCGUCCUCCUCCUUUGGUUCACGUUAUCAAUCGUCCUCCUGGUUUGCUAAAUGACGCACUUAUCCCUCAAGGUUCUCAUCACAUGAAUCAAAACUGGACUGGCGUUGGAUUUAACCUUCGACCAACGGCGCCGCUUUCUCCUCUCCCGCCGUUACCACCGGUUCACGCGGCGGCGGAAUCACCGGUCUCUUCGUACAUGCGGUAUCUCCAGAACUCGAUGUUCGCAAUCGAUUCGAAUCGGAAAGAGUUCUCUGGAUUAUCUCCGUUAGCUCCUUUGGUCUCACCUCGUUGGUACCAACAACAGGAAAACGCUCCACCAUCGCAGCAUAACAGUUUUCCACCACCACAUCCUCCUCCUCCUUCCUCUGCUGUUUCGCAGACGGUGCCGACAUCGAUUCCGGCGCCUCCACUGUUUGGAUGUUCAAGUUCGCCUAAAUCUCCGUACGGAUUACUCUCACCGAGCAUACUUUUAUCGCCAUCGUCAGGUCAAUUAGGGUUCCCUGUAUCUCCGACGACGGUGCCGCUUCCUAGCCCUAAAUACAAAGGUCAUUGAUCAGAAAAUCGGAAACCCUUGUCGGUCAAAGUGAGAAAACGUCGUCGUUUUGACCGUCGCGACAAAAUUCCCUUUGUUCUUUUUGUACAUCAUUAGUGGAGAGUGGUGGGAUCAUUUGUUUUUUUUUUUGUUAAUUAACUCAAAGAUUACUUAAAUCCGUUUUUUUUUUUACUUUCUUUUGUUUUCAUGGUUUGUUCAUGUUAGAAACAAAGAAGACUAGGAAAAAGAAAGGAAUACACUUUUGCAACUCUAUUCAAUUUUUAUAAGUUUGCCAUUAUGAUUUCAUCUCUUUGUAAAUCAGAUUGCAUACAAGAGUUUUUUCUUCAUCGUCUAUUCGAUGGGGUAUUAAAUUUUUGAUUGGUUGAUUAGCUAUACCAAACACUUCACUGUUCCUUUGGUUGAAUUUUAUGCUCUGAUGCUUUCAUUUUAAGUUGAAACUUCAAACUCUGACGAGA